AUGGCAUGGUUCGCCUCACUGGCCCUUCUGGGCGCCCUCCACGUAGCCGCCUUGGUGUUCCCCCUCCUCUCCCACCUCGCCCUCUGCCUGCACCGGCACAAGGACCUCCGACGCCGCUACGGCGCGUGGGCCGUCGUCACCGGGCCAACAUCCGGCAUGGGGCGGUCCACGGCCCUGGAGCUCGCGCGUAGGGGGCUGAAUCUGGUCCUCGUCGGCCGCAACCCGGCCAAGCUCCGGGAAGUCUCCGCGGCGAUAUCCAAGGCCGCUCCGGCCGUCCAGAGUCCAGACCAAGACCGUCGUGUUCGACCUGUCGCUCGUCUCCACCGCUCAGGGGGACGAGGCGAUGCGGCAGCUGCGGCGGACCGUGGAGGGGCUGGACGUCGGCGUGCUGGUGAACAACGCCGGGGUGCUCGAGGCCCCCACGGCGUUCCUGCACGAGGCCGGCGUGGAGGCGUGGGUGGACAUGAUACGGGUGAACUUGCUGGCGCUGACCGAGGUGACGGCGGCGGUGAUUCCGGGGAUGGUGGAGCGCGGGAGGGGAGCUGUGGUGAACUUCGGCUCAAUGCAUCGGAGGUCCUCCCCUCCUUGCCCAUCUACACCAUGUACGCCACCACUAAACACUAUGUUGCUUGGUUCUCCAAGUGCCUUCACGUCGAGUAUAGAAGCAAAGGAAUCGACGUGCAAUGCCAGGCACCGUUCUUCGUGACCGGAGCCAUGGCGUCGGGCUUCUCGGAGGCCAAGCUAUUCGCGCCGUUGACGCCGACGCCCGACGACUACGCGCGCGCAGCGGCGCGCUGGAUCGGCCAUGGCGCGCUCUGCGUGCCCAACUUGCGGCACCAGAUCGCGUGGUUCAUAGCCUACGUCGUGCCCGACUGGUUGCUCGAGGAGCUCCUCCUGCGUGAGCACCUGUGGCAGAGGAAGGAGCUUCAGAUGAUGAGGCCGUUGCCUCGUGCCCCAGCUGAGACUCGGGACCUAGUAAGCUACACAGGCACAAGCGGCUGCCUCAGCUGA